AACCAGGUACAAGCUAAUACUCAACAAUACUGAUGCCUUGUUUUUUUUGCUCUGUCCGGACCGCAACGCUGUAGCCAAUUUAGAUAUGCUAUAAAUUUAAGAGGUUGCCAUGGCCACCGCGCGCCCAUUGGCCACCGGGCCCCCUACGUGCUGCGCCACGUCACCAAAUCUGAAUAAGGAUGCGCGAAUUAGGCGGCGGCCAGACAAAGAUGAGGAUCGGGACUGCUUGAAAGUGGGGGAAAGUGCCGGCGCCUCCGCCACCGGGGAAAGCCGCUCGGCAGCGCGGAGGCCAGCAGCCACCCGAGAUACACUGGGGCGCGCGGCCCGGGGCAUGAAGCCGUGAACGCCACCUCUCUCCACCCUACUCCGGGCAGCACAGCGCCAGGCCAGCGACCAUCCAAGGACUUGACCGGCUGAGUCUUGGUUCGGACCGGACUCGCCCGGCGGCAGCCGAGAGAAGAGGCGGAGAGCAGCGGCGGGCCGGGGGGGCCCGAGGGCCGGGGGCCCAAAGGGAGGGCAAGGCGGCCCGAGCCGCCGGGGUGCGGGGCUAUGAUGGUGCACUGUGCCGGUUGCGAGCGGCCCAUCCUCGACCGCUUUCUGCUGAACGUACUGGAUCGAGCGUGGCACAUCAAAUGCGUUCAGUGCUGCGAGUGUAAGACCAACCUCUCGGAGAAGUGCUUCUCGCGCGAGGGCAAGCUCUACUGCAAAAAUGACUUCUUCAGGCGCUUUGGCACUAAGUGUGCAGGCUGCGCGCAGGGCAUCUCACCCAGCGACCUGGUGCGCAAGGCCCGAAGCAAAGUCUUCCACCUCAACUGCUUCACCUGCAUGGUCUGCAACAAGCAGCUGUCCACGGGCGAGGAGCUCUAUGUCAUCGACGAGAACAAGUUUGUGUGCAAGGACGACUACCUGAGCUCAUCCAGCCUCAAGGAGGGCAGCCUCAACUCAGUGUCAUCCUGUACGGACCGCAGUUUGUCCCCGGACCUCCAGGACCCACUCCAGGACGACCCCAAGGAGACGGACAACUCGACGUCGUCGGACAAGGAGACGGCCAACAACGAGAACGAGGAGCAGAAUUCGGGCACGAAGCGGCGCGGCCCGCGCACCACCAUCAAAGCCAAGCAGCUGGAGACGCUCAAGGCUGCCUUCGCCGCCACGCCCAAGCCCACGCGCCACAUCCGCGAGCAGCUGGCUCAGGAGACUGGCCUCAACAUGCGCGUCAUCCAGGUGUGGUUCCAGAACCGAAGGUCCAAAGAACGCCGGAUGAAACAGCUGAGCGCACUGGGCGCCCGGAGACACGCCUUCUUCCGGAGUCCGAGGCGCAUGCGUCCGCUGGGCGGCCGCUUGGACGAGUCUGAGAUGUUGGGGUCUACUCCGUACACCUACUACGGAGACUACCAGGGCGACUACUACGCUCCGGGAGGCAACUACGACUUCUUCGCGCACGGUCCGCCGUCGCAGGCGCAGUCCCCGGCCGACUCGAGCUUCCUGGCCGCCUCGGGGCCCGGCUCGACGCCGCUGGGCGCGCUGGAGCCGCCGCUCGCCGGCCCGCACGCCGCCGAUAACCCCAGGUUCACCGACAUGAUCUCGCACCCGGACACGCCGAGCCCCGAGCCUGGCCUGCCGGGCGCGCUGCAUCCCAUGCCCGGCGAGGUGUUCAGCAGCGGCCCCAGCCCACCCUUCCCCAUGAGCGGCACUGGCGGCUACAGCGGACCCCUGUCGCACCCCAACCCCGAGCUCAACGAGGCCGCCGUGUGGUAAGGCCGCCCGGCCGGGCCGCCCCCCCGAGCCCCGCUCUGGGGGCCCUCGCCCGGCCGGCCCCCCACCCCGGACGCAGCCUCCCCAAACCAAAACGCCCGACGCGGAUGAGGCGCAGGGCGCCCUCGGGGGCUCACUCUUGGGUCCGCACUCAACCCGCAGCUGCACCUCGGCUGGUCGCGGAGGGGGACCGCCCCCCCAUCUCCAUCCACCCCACGAGCUCUCCGGGACCCCGGCUGCCAGCGCUCAGUUUCUUGAGCGAGCAAUUUCUUGGGACCAAAGUGAAUACUCCGGAGGGUCAAGAGAUUUCCAGCACGCUCUAGCCUUCCUCCGACCCCCCAACCCACCCACCACCUCUGUGGACCAAGACAGGGUUGAGGCUAAGGGACGGAGGCGGUUUAUUCUCCCCCGGCUCUGCAAUCCGAGUGGCAUUUUGUAAUCUUAUUUCUCACUCUGCUUUCCUGUCUU